AUCAUGCACUCCAAAUAUUGCGGUGGACACACCGAUCGGUGGAGUGUGCACUGUGCAGUUUCCAUGAAUUGAUUCCGUGGUCGAUUUUUCGAUUGAGAGUUCUAUCUACGGAAGGCCCACACUAAUCCUAUCCGUGAUAUAUGUGAUAUUGUUUUUGUCACAAAUUUCCCUACGUUCUAAGUUUAGAAGCUGGCGUGAGCACUAGGACCGGCAACAACCAGAGGAUUAGAUAAUUCGUGGGCGAAGUCAUCGGGUAUGGCUAUACCGGCCUGCGCAGCGGCGGCAGCAGCAGCAGCAUCCGGUUCCCGACGAACUAACUCUGCAGGUGGAUCCCAAGCUGUAAGAUUAACAGUGCUUUGUGCGAAAAACCUGGUCAAGAAGGAGUUUUUCAAAUUCCCAGAUCCCUUUGUUACUGUCGUCGUGGAUGGAAGCGGGCAAACAUCCACAUCGGAAGUGUGCGCCGGAACGCUCGAUCCCAAAUGGAACGUUCAUUUUGACCUGUAAGGACCAUUAUUAUUGCCAG